GAUUUAAUGGGGAUUAGAAAAGGGAGGGAUUCACUUCAUGUCUCCAGUCAACCACAAACACAUACCUGUAUCUCUAGGUCUCUCUCACACACACACACACACACGCGCACACACACACACACACAGAGAGAGAGAGAGAGAGAGAGAGAGAGAGAGAGAGAGAGAGAGAGAGAGAGAGAGAGAGAGAAAGCUGUUGGAAAGCCCUACACGUCACGUGACAAAGGUGUGCAUGUUUCUGUAUGUAGGUGGGUGGGUGUGUUUUGCCUGUCAGGUCACACCUGUCGGGCGGUGUCACUCACUCACACUCUCUCUCUCGCUCUGGCCGGUGAAGUCCAUCGUUCGGUAACGGGAAUGACAAUGGCUGAGUGUUGAUGCAUCAUGGCCGGUCACAGGAAUUACACGGCUGACCGAAGCAGUGGAGCACAUGAAGUACUGUGUGCCAAGUCAGGAGUCAAACUGUUCAGCUGGUUAAACCGCAGAGGAGGCAUUAGAACGCUUUAAUGCUGCUUUCUUCACCCAAAGUCUGGAGAACUUUAAGAGGAGAACUCGUGAAACUUUGUGGAUUUUUAAAGUUUUUCUGUUGUUUCGUGUCAAGUGUUUUGGGCUGCAGACAUGGCUCUGUCCCAGAUACAGUGCCUGGACGAUAACCACGUGAACCCGCGGACGAACGAGUCCAAACCGGAGUUUCUUUACUGCGAAGACCAGCGGCUCGCGCUUGAGGCUCUCCUCCGGGAUGGUCGCGAAGCGUUCGCCAAGUACCUGCAGGCUCGCGGCCUACGGGGCUUCCUGUCAGAACCGGAGCUGGAAACUCUAGCCGGGGCUGUGGAACCCUAUGACCCGGGCUUGGAGCUCUUUCCGGAGAGCGCGGAGGACGACGAUCCCCCGCUGUCGCAGCACUACUGGCCUGACCUGUCGGACACAUCUAUACCUCAAAUGGACCUGGGCUGGCCAGACAGCGAGUCUUACCGGGGGGUGACGCGCACUACUGUUUACACACAGCCACCGCUUGAUGGACAGGCGCACAUCAAAGAAAUUGUCCGAAAAAUGAUUGCGCAGGCGCAAAAGGUGAUAGCAGUGGUGAUGGACGUCUUCACCGACGUCGACAUCUUCAGAGAUUUGCUAGAUGCCGGUUUCAAGAGGAGGGUUUCCAUCUACAUCCUACUGGAACGCACAGCGCUACCUCAUUUCCUGUCCAUGUGUCAGAGGGCCAACAUGCACGCCGGACACCUCAAGCACCUCCGUGUUCGCUGCACAGAGGGAUCGGAGUUCCACACUCGGUCGUGCACCAAGGUCCGAGGGAAAAUGGGACACAGGUUCAUGUUUGUUGAUGGAGACAAAGCUGUGUCUGGGUCAUACAGUUUCACCUGGUUGUCGUCGCGACUGGACAUAAACCUCAUCACCGUGGUUACAGGCCAGGCAGUGGAUGCCUUCGACCGACUGUUUCGUGUCCUUUAUGUGACCUCCAGCUUUGUCAACUUACGGCAGGUCGCCACGGAGCCUGAACCUGAGCCGGAGCCCCUCCCACAGGCGGCCGCUGUCACCGUUCCCUCUGCUGCUAUUGCUAGAAAACUGUACAAUCCCAAAUAUGCCCUGGUUGCUGCGGGCAACCCCAGCCCGACCCCCUCUGCUGACCGAAACAGCCCCAAAGAGCCCCAAAAUUCAAAGAACUCCAAGAACACAGAGGGCCCAGACGCCAAGAAGAGGAGGCAGAGGAGAAAUAGUAAAGACGGUGUACAGGAGGCUCCUCCCCUCCAUCCUGGACUUAUCAAUUUAGAGAAGGCAUGUUUGAUUUCAUAUCUACCCACAUGGCCAGAGCCUGACCCCCCCAGUGAUGUAAUUGGGUUCAUUAAUGUUCGGGAUGCCAACAAACCAACUCAGGUCCAUCUGCAGCGAUCUGAGAUGUUUGAAACAAGCCAGGCGAUCAGGUUUAGCAGUCCGAUCACCAUGCCUAAAGAAACCUUGCCAGAGGUCGCCCAGCCCAGACAGCCCACUGCUACACAUGAGGAGAAGAAUAAACUCCAGCCCACACAAAAUAAAACAAAAGCUGAAGAGUCUGUGGUAGACGGUGUCAAGCCAGCACAACUCAAUGCAGAGCCUGGUGACAUCAAAACUAAAGGAGAGGCACCUGAGCAGACGUCUUCCCCGUCUGGGCAAAAGUCUGAACCUGACAAAGACACAACUAAGGUUCUCAACACUGAGAAUAAACUGCAUUCAAACACUCCCACCAACCAAGAUGCAGGUCACAACACAUCACCUCAGCAGAAUGGACACACACCUUCCCAGUCCAGCAGCAAGACAUCUACUCCUCCUAACACUGGGCCGCCUUCACACACCACACAAACCGUCGCCACAGACAGUCCUAAGUCACAGUCCAUCCCAGGAUCAAACACGGAAAAGGGAGCAGAAACUGGUUGCUGCUGUGAACAGGUCACAACACCCUGGAGCUGAGUGGCCCCACUGACUCAAACUCUGAGCAACACACACAAACAAAGACAGAGCUGCCACAGACUGAUUCACACACAGAGAUUCAGAAGCAGCCACACAACUCUGCCGAAAUGACUCCUAACAUCCCGACUCCCACUGUCCACAACCACAUUUCCACCUCUUCUGCUUCUGCCACCUCCUUAUCUGGAAAAAACCACAUCCCUAUUCCUGCAGUGCAGUCAACCACAGCUACCAGUGUUUGCAGUUCUGUUCCCUCCACUAGCUGCUCCUCUUCCAUUCCUCCUCUUAUCUCUUCUUUUACAACUGUAAAUCCUCCCCUCCCCCCAUCCUCCGCAUCCUCUUCUUUGACCUCAACUCCUCCCAUUCCUAAACCUCGCACUGUCCAGCUGGUUAUCAAAGACGCCGGCACCAGCGACGACCAUAAGUUGCCAGAAAUCAGCGUCGUCAAGAGACCUGAGAGCCAGGCCAGCACGGGGACACUAGUGGUUCACAAUAAGCCUGAUGUAGCAAAUGCAGUUCAGGCGCCACCAGAGAAAGAGCUAGAGACUGUCCCACAACCACAGAACAAAAGUGGAAGCAAAACUGAAGCUCAAGAGGACACUGAGAGCACAGGAAAUCCCCAAGAAGCUCCACAAGAAAACCAGAAUGUGACUUCCCCUGAGGCAAAGGGUGAAGAAGCAGUUGGACUACAUGAUGACAGAGCAGCGAUGCCAUCGGCCGCUGGAACCAAACCACAGGCCCAAUCAGAUGUUUUGAUUACUGAUGCACCAAAGGAAGAUAGUGUGAUUAUUCAAGAAAUAAUUCCAAAAGAAGUUGAGCCCAAGAGUUUGAUGUCAACAGACUGCGAAAUAAUCCAGAAGACAGAGACAGACUCUGUAGCCACAACACAAACAGAUGCCAAGGCCCCAGAGGAAAACCUUACACAUCGUGAGUUUGUGCCAAAUGAAACAAGUGAGAAUGUGAUACAGGGUGAAACAUACCUUGCAAGAGCACACGAACAUCAGAGAAUAUCAUAUUGUGAAUUGAAUCCAGCUGAUUUAGAUGUGUUGAAGACUGUGGACUCUUAAAAGCCUCGACACAUACUUCUGUUUCUGCCAAAGCUAACUCUCACAUAGCCAAGGACAGUGGUGUUAAUGCUCCACACAGUCUGCAAGGUAAUCCAAGUGACAUAUCAGCACACCACACAGACAAUAAGCCAAAUACAGCAAAACAUAACACACACAUCAGGAUCACCUCUCAGGAAUCUCAACAGGCCCCCCAUGAACGGGGAAGCUCACACACUCCCGAAAGGCCCCUGCGCUUACAUAUCUCCGACACACACAUGCCAGACUUGCGUUCGCCGACCCCGGAGCGAGAAUCGCGGAUGCUCGCCGCUCUGGCACGUACUCCUACUCCAGACAGGACUUCUUCCACGCACACCCACCCCAGACUCACAAACACACACGCCAGACCCACGGUCAUACACCCCAGACUUCCGAACCCCUACGCCCGAUGGGUAUGUCUCGCCGAGGGAUGACUCCACUCUCUCCUCCACCUCAGAGGAGUAUUAUGAAUGUAGCGACUCCCCUUUUUAUGACCCUGUUUUCGAUCGAGCAGCUCUUCGCAACCAUGGGGCGACAGUGGGUCAUGAUAGCAUUGCACACACAAACACCCCAAACGCUACAACCCUAACCUCCACUGCUGCUACUCCUGCAUACAUAAAUAAUACCACUACAUUAAGCACUACAGACAGGAAUACCUCUAGCAGUGAUACACAAAGUCUAGCAGGGCCUGCUAUAGUCUCCACUUCUUCCCCUUUACUUGAGAAAGUGAAAAUGGGGGAGGAGAAAGAAGCCACGAGUGAAGAAAAUGGGGGAGAGGAGGAUGAGAAAGGGAGGAAACUCAGUGUGGCAGAGACGAGGACAGAGCAAGAUUCCCAUGGGACAGAGAGGAGAGGCUGCGAUGAAGCUAAGAGAACAGCAGACCAUCUUAGAAAGGCUGAAAAUUCAACAGAGGGAGUGGAAAAAGAUAAGGAGACCCAACCCCAAGCCCCUAAAAAAAAACAGGUGCUAAACCAAUCAGCAUCAGAGAAACUGGUCGAUGGAGGAGUGACUCCAAGAGAGUCAACCAAUAAGGCAGCAGAUGCAAAGCGACUGUCUGCUGGUGACCUUCAGCCAGCGAGGGUAGGACCAGACCAAGAGAGGGUAGUGGACAAGGUGGCGCAAAGACCCAGCGGUGUGGAGAGAAGAGACGGGCCACAGUCGAACAGAGAGACUGAAGGACAGAGGCCUUCAAAAGGGCAGCAGCAGAGCAGUGGGGCGUCCUCCCCCUCCCGUCCACCCAGACCCCCUCGACCCCUCUCAGCCACUCAGCCUUCGGUGGCUCGUCCCUUUGGAGGUCGUCAGCUGAACCAGGCAGAAAGCAAGGUGCUCCACAGUAGUUUCCAGUUCUUGGAUAAUACCUCAUCUCCUCGCAAACUCCCAGCCAGGCUGCCAGCUCCACUUGCAGCGGGCGCCGUCGGGUCUGCAGCCAGGCGGAAGCAGGUCGAGGCCUCCCACAGCCAGCAGAGCCUCUUUUCUCGACAGCCUCUAGCAGCGCAGAGCAGGACGAGACUCGGACAGUCGCAGAGUCAACAUCCUUACCCAAAACCUCAGGCCUCCUUUCUCCACACUCACACAAACACCCAGUCGCAGCUCCAUCCUCAUUCCCAGAACCAGAUGGUAUCAGUGCAGGAAGGGCACAGGCAGGCAGAAGGAAAGGCUCCAUUUACCCUCACCUUCAGUAGGCUGUACAACCUUAAAGGCCUGAAGGACAAGAUGAGCAAGUUGCCUGCACAGAGUAAGAGAGGCAGCACCAGCUCUCCAGGACAAGGACACAGGAGCACAAGCUAGCAUGGUCAUCCUUUGGAAAAUAACAGAGUAGGCCUGGCAUCGUUUUUAUAUUACUGUAACACAUAAAAUAGGAAAACUGGACUCCUCUCACCUUCAAGAAAAAGCUGUAUGAAAACAUGACAGGACCCAGAAUGUGCAGUGUGAAUGAAAUGCCAAAAUCUGUCCUGUUAACACAGAAAGGACUUGGCUCUGCACAACCUUUUUCACUCUAGGGUCAGUUUUAGUGAUCAUCUGAACUAUGACGGAUGGCUUAUGGAAUUGACCUGCUCCUGUCUUGUCUGAUGGAGAAUGCACUUUAAGUUGUUUUCCACAUGGCAGGUUUCAGUAAGACUAUCACCUUUAUGCAUCAUGUUGCUUAUUACUGGACCAAACAACUGGAUAAUAGUUUAUUUCUUUUCUUGGGUUUCUGAUUCCUAGAGACAUUUUUACAGAUUGGGUUUCAUGUGCCUGCACCUCAAACUGUUGAAAUUCUUCUUGUGUAAAAUCUAGCUGCCUGAAUGGCUGAACUCUGAGCUUUGUUCUUUAGGAGGUCAUGACCUUUGAUGUUAUCAAAGGCCUGGACAUGUGGAGUUGAACCAUAGCUGCCUCUCUUAAAUUAUAUGACUCAGACACUACCAAAAGCCCAAGAAUUUAUUUCUGUUUUUGUUGUUGCUUUCUCACCCACCUGGCAUUGCUAUCGAACAACGGAAUAAUGGAGUUAUUUGUAAAUGUUUUGUUCCAAAUUUUCAUGUGACGAUGUGUGACCAAACAAAAUGAACCCCAAGAACAUAUGUAAAGCAUGUAUACACCCAAAGCUUUGUCUUUUACAUCACCUCUAAAUAGGCUGCUUUGAUGCUGUACGUGAGUCAAGCAAAAAUCAAAGCAGUUGCUUCCUGGAUUAAUUGUAAUGUACUGAAUUGAAUUUGUUUGUUUUUUUGGGGGGGGGGGGUUUCAGCAGCACUGGGAAUUAUCUCAGUGAAUGUGAAUCAGGAUCUGUGCUUCCAAUAUACUGAGUGAGUGACUGCAUUUCAUCAAGAUGCAUAUUAAUAGAGUUUAAAAUGAGUGCCAUCAAAUGUUUGAUGAAAGCAGCAGUUUUGUUAACAUGAAAAUGUACACACACACUUUUUACAGACAUACUGUAUUUGUACUUGCCUCUUUCAACAUUGCGUUGCAGUGAUUUGCUUUUCUCCACCUCCACUUUACACUCUGGUAGCAGACAAAUAAGUAGAUAUUCAAAUGGCUAAUAUCAUGACAGGUAAACAAAAUAGAAAAAAUAACAUUAAUAUUGUGUUUAUAUGGGUUGAAUGGGAGCAUUUUCCCCACAUUUGUAUUAUAACAAGCCAAGUUUUUCCCCCUCUGUGCAUCUGUAUGUUCAAAAAGUGCUAAUUUGAAUUUGAAUGCUAAAACUGUUGAUGCAAAAUGUUGCCUUAGUGAUUUUUUUUUAUAUAUAUAUGUCUCAGAUCUUUAUUUUGGCUAUUUUGUAUUCUUCCAUUGUGUGCUGUUUGUUGAAAGACUAAAGGAGUCAGGUUAUUGAUUUAUUCUUUGUUUACACCAAAUUCCAUUUACAUUCAAAAUGCUUUUUUGCCUGGAAGACAAAGUCAUAGCGAUUGUGCCCAAAACAAAGCAUAAGUUAUUUGCUGAGACAAGCACAGUAAACACCACAGUGGACAGACUCUGAAGUCAGAUACAGAUGUCCUGUAGAUUAUAACAGUAGUGUACUUAUAUGGUGCUCUUGAGUUUAUCUGGAGGAAAAGUAGAAAGUUGCUGUUUGCAGGACAAUAAACUCAUUGAUGACAUAAAGGAAAUAUACAUGAUUCAUAUGUUGCCAGACAGUUAAAAAUUACUUUACAAGGAGAAAGAUGAGAAAAGCUGCAGUCUGUCAUGUUGUAGACAGACAGUUCAUUGCAGUGCACUCGCUGAAUGUUUGUUUCCUUCUAAACCAUCUUUUUCUUUGACUGUAGUGAAUCCCCAUCACUGUUUGGCUUUGUCAGUGCUUACAGCUAUAUUUGCUAUAUGAUUUAGGGUAUGUUUCCAAAUCUUUUUUUACUUUGUACUAUUUUUUUAGUGCAAAGUAAUAAAAAUAUAGAUUAUAUCUCAUGGAUGGCUGCUUUUUAGGGCAGUGAAAGGCUGCUCUGCAUGCAGAAGAAGUGAGGAACUACUAAACAUCUAGAUUCAGUCCUGUCAAAAAACAAAAAAAAAAGAAAAAAGCGAGAAAUACUGUACAGUCCCACAAUACCUCUGUGGUUUUGGAAACUCCAGUCAUCUUUCAUAGCACGUAGCAACUGUGCAAAUAUCAGCUGUAAUCUAUGUCAGACAAGGUUGUGAGUUGUCACCAAAUUUCCAACAGUAAAUAGGACGUUCAAAAUGAUCUCAGAGGAGAUCUUUAUCAGAUCUUACCGAUGAAAUAUGAAGGGAGUUUCACAUGAAAAUCUGAGGCUGAGGUGUAAUGAUUUAUAGUUGUUUUUCACAGUAAAAGAACUUGUACGUUUAA